UAAAAAAUGUAGAUUAUGGUGACUUGGCUGCAUACCCUCCCGCGCAAACGACUAGACUCGUCAGCUGCCGAGAAAGUAAGGCGUUGGUCAGAUCCUCUGCAAGUAUCUAACGGUCGGCGCAUCUAUCUCAACGGACUGACAGCAGCUCAGGUCCGUCAAUUCCCGAAAAUGAAAAUUCUACUCGUCAUCACGAUAUUUGCGGCAACGGCUUGGGCAGCCGAUCCAUGGCCAAACCGCAUUCCCGACAACUUGGCGUUAUGUUACGUAAACAAAACCAUCAGCGACCAAUUCCGCCGGAUGCCCGCAUCCAUAGAGAACUUGGUAGCCCUCAUCCGAAAAGUCGAAGCUCAUCCCGACACCGCUCUAUGGCCGAUUGGAAAGAUGGCCAGCACACUAAUCCACAGAUUUCGUUACGAUGGAAUCAUUGACAUUCCUGAUGGUGCUGGACCCGACGUUGUUCCGGUCGUCAACGAACGCGCUGAAAGUGACAAAUACCGCCUCCAAUGGAAGCUAGUACCUGGAACAGCUUCCGACUUCCCGGAAUCCUCAUUGACCAUGGAAGAAAAGUGUUCACUGCACUGGAUGCUAUCUUACACGGUUAACCACACGGCGAGUGCAGAAAAAACCGCACCACCUGUUUCUCGGUCCUUCGCCAACCCCCAGCAGCCAGCCGCCGAUUCUGAACCUGACCAUUCUCAUCACGUGGAAGAAGAUGUCGUAGAGAAUGAGAAUCAACCUGAUGAGGAUCUCGUGGAACCGGAGCACGAUCACGAAGGUGUUGAACAUGAGGAAGAGGUGCCAGUUGAUGAGCCGGUAGAUGAGCCGGUAGAUGAGCCAGUAGAUGAGCCAGUAGAUGAGCCAGUAGAUGAGCCAGUAGAUGAGCCAGUAGAUGAGCCAGUAGAUGAGCCAGUAGAGGAGCCAGAUGUGGAACUGACAGAAGAUGUACCAGAAGAUUUACCCGAAGACACGGAAAAUAUCUUUGGAGAAGAUACCGUAGAGACUGGGGGUGAAGACUACGGCCCAGUUGAUGACAAUAGCGAAAGUGAAUCAGACGGCUGGAAGCGUAAGCGUCGCCAAACUGAAACCUUGGCCGCUCAGCCAAUGGAAGUCGGUAUCGUUCACACCAAGUAUGGCACAGUAGCAGCUGGCCCGGUCCUGACUGGUAUCGCUGCCGGAAGUGAACCUCAAAGCGCUCCGUUGAAAGAGCUCAUCAAAGAUCCGCAAAUGGAACUUUCGCCAAGCUCACUGGAGAGGGUUGUUCAGAGUAUUUGGGUGGCUACGCUCGCAGGUGAUAUUGCACAAACUUCUCUUCUGAGAACACCCAAGAACCUUCCAAGUUUCGGACCACGAGGACAGUGGAAUUGCACACUGUGCCCGCGUGAGUACAAGCUGGAAACCAGAGAACAUUCCAUGUUGACCAACGCCGAAUUUUAUGGUGGUGUUGAUGGUUUGCUGAUGGCUCAACGUAUGGCUACCUGGGAUUCGAGCAGCUAUUUGAAACUUUCGGCCGUCCUGGAAAUGUACUAUUCUGAGACUGGUAUCCAUGGUGACUCAAAGUUCCGCGCUUGCAACCGCCUCUACAAUUACAGAGACUCAGAUAUUGUAGAUCAGGCCAUGCUCAAAGAACAGUCUCUUAACGCUGCUUUGGUCCUGUACUCACGCGGCAUUGACGGCGCUCCGACUGUUCUUCCCGGAGUUAAACCUGCGGAUCAAAUCGGCCAAUAUGUCAACACAACCAUGAACGAAAUUAAUUCUUUUUUGGACCAAUACCUAAGCAACUCAAACAUCGUAGAUUUCACCCAGUGCAAAGGACCUUACGCCCUAUCGACGGCCGAAGCUACACCAGCCACUUACACUGAUCUUACCUUCGUAUUCGAUCAAAUCGCGGAUGCCAAAAGCCUUUACAGCCAGAAAGAUCUCGCUGCAGCUUUAGCUUUGGCGUUGGAUGUCCAACUGGGCGGCAGCCGAAUGGAAGCUGUGUCAAGUAAAGACGGAACUCCUUUCCUGGAUCUCAACGCUACUCGCAAUCGAGCCGAAUUAGCUUGCAAAUUCAUCAGCCUCCCUAUUGGAACCAGUGAACGUCGUGUAGCUGACACUUUGGAUCGAACUCGCACUCGUAUUUUGGCCGAAAGGUCUUCAGAAAAGGCCAACAAAAUUGGUGGCACCAACACUCGCGCCAUCCUAUUUUUCGUGACCACCAGCAUCUCAAACGAGAAAGACAAAAUCAAAUCUGUUUUGUUGAAAAUGCUCGGCGAAAUGCCAGAUGUUCACAUCAUGUUCGCCACUUUGGGCAAUCCCGAAGAACUUCGUCCAUUUGUAGCCAAUUUCGAUCGCGACAUUAUCCGCAUGACCCAGUUCACUAAGUAUCACGAAGCUGCCCCCGAAAUCGCCAAGCGCUUAGCUACAGUCGGUGCUCGUCUGACAUAUCCCGAGUGCAAAGACAUUAGUUCUAGCUCCAACUCCACUGAGGCCAAAUAUAUGUACACAGGACUCCUCAACACUUACACCACCCAAUACUUCCGUCUGGGCCCAGAAAGUUUUUACAGCAGCAACGAACUGCGCUUGUGGUUCAAGAGCACGUACGGCAUGGCAAGGUUCUGCGUUUCGACCACUAAGGAACGUCCAGGAAACGGAGAUCUCUGCAAGACCGCAUUGAAAGCCGGUGAAACCGUCGAGUUUAAAUUCAUGCAGCCGUGUGGUAAAAUGGUACCGGAUCAGUGUUCAAACAUCUACAUUUCGGCUGCUCCCACCAACAUUAACGACGAUUUGCCCUGCGCAGAUAAAGACUGCCAUACGCCGGAUCAAGUCAAAUUCACGUUCAGCCACUCCGGCAUGCGUUGCAACAGCGCUGUGGCAGGCGCAGUUCUGUCUCAUUUGACUCUAGCUUUAGCUGCAUUGAUGACUUGGUUCCUCAAUCGUUAACAGCGCAGAAGCCUAAAAAUAAGCAUUAAAAUAACAGAAUAGAUUGUUUUAACAACCCAUGAUGAUCAAUCAAUGAAAAUAACACAAAAUAACAUCCCAAGUAGUCCGAAAAAUCUUUCAUUAAAAAAAAAAAGGAAAAAUACACGUGUGAAAAAAAGACAAA